AUGGUUGUCGAUACCGCUUAUUACGACACCUUGGGCGUUCAGCCAACAGCCACUGAGCUGGAGAUCAAGAAGGCUUAUCGCAAGAUGGCUAUUGUCCAUCACCCAGAUAAGAACCCCAAUGAUCCUACCGCACACGAAAAGUUCCAGGCCAUCGGUGAGGCCUAUCAGGUCCUGUCCGAUUCCGACCUACGAGCAGCAUACGACAAGUUUGGAAAAGAUUCUGCCAGACCACAGGAAGGCUUCGCCGACCCCGCCGAGUUCUUCAGCUCCAUUUUCGGAGGCGAGGCCUUCGUCGACUGGAUUGGUGAGAUUAGCCUUAUGAAGGACCUUACAACGACCAUGGAUAUUACAAUGCAAGAGGAAGAGGCUGCCACCGCUGAAGCCGCCGCCGCUGAGGCUGCUGGAGAGGAAUUCCCCGGAACCGAAGAGGCCAAGAAGGAGAGCAUGAAGGACCAGGAGAAGAAGGCUGAAGAGAAAACUGCAGCUGACGCAGAGCAACAUGCUGGCGCACCUCCUCCUGCUUACACUGCUGCCUCCGUGAGUGACGAUAAGGAAACCAAGCCUGCUUCACCUGCUGCUGCUCCCGCCGCCGCUGCCCCUCCGGCCGCUGGCCUUUCCACCGAGGCUCCUCAACGAUCCGAUGCCACAUCUCCCGCUCCCUCGUCGAGCUCCCGCAACCGAACUCAGAUUCCCCUCCGACCCGCAUUGAUGGACAAGUCCCACUCGGACCUCCUCGAGUCCGAGGCCAAGGGCGAACUCACAGAAGAAGAGCUUAAGAACAAGGAAAAGAAGAAGGGUGGUCUGACCAAGGAACAGCGGGAACAGCUUGCAGCUUACGAGAAGGAGCGCGCCAAGAUUCGACAGGAGCGUGUCGAUACCCUCGCCCGAAAGCUCCUCGACCGUCUCAGCGUGUGGACAGAGACUGACAAGGGUGCCGAUGUGACCAAGGCAUUCCAGGAGAAGAUGCGCCUCGAGGUUGAGAAUUUGAAGAUGGAGUCUUUCGGUAUUGACAUUCUGCAUGCCAUCGGUCAAACUUACGUCUCCAAGGCUUCAGGUCUCCUCCGCAGCCAAAAGUUCUUUGGUAUCGGCGGUUUCUUCAGCAGACUUCGCGACAAGGGCACGCUUGUCAAGGAGACAUGGAACACCAUCAGCAGCGCCAUCGACGCCCAGCAGACUAUGGAGGAUAUGGCCAAGAUGGAGGAGAAGGGUGGUGAGGACUGGACCGACGAGAAGCGCGCCGAGUACGAGAGACGUGUGACUGGCAAGAUUCUUACUGCGGCAUGGAGGGGCAGCAAGUUUGAGAUUCAGAGUGUCUUGCGCGAGGUUUGCGACAGCAUCCUGAACGACAAGAAGGUCCACCUCAACAAGCGACUAGAGCGCGCACAAGCUCUGGUCCUUAUCGGUGACGUCUUUAUCAGGGCUGAGCGAUCUCCUGAGGAGGAGGGCGACUACCUUGUCUUUGAGCAACUCGUUGCUGAGGCCGCUAUCAAGAAGGACAAAGAAGAGGACCACAAGAAGAAGGACCGCAAGUCCUUCCACCUCCACAGAGACAAGGACAAGGAGCCCGCCGCCGCCUCGACGCCUUAA